AUGCGGAGCCGCAGCCCGACCGUCCUCUCCGGAUCUCGAUGUGAACGCAGCCGUGGGAUCCACGAUACCAGACUCCACACCACCACCAGAAAUCUGCAGAGGGUGAGAGAACAAGACUCGACGACUCAGGGCAUCUACGAAAUCGCCCUCAUCAUGGCGACCAACGGCGACUCAAGUCGAGUAUCGGGGAGCUUGGUCGAUGCCUCGGGCUACAAGUUCUCGGAGAAGGAUACCAAACCCGGCAAGAUGAAGGUUAAGAAGACGUCCAAGGCGUCGACGAAGAAGAAGGCCGAUGAUAACAAGGAUGGACCCCUCGACACCUCGCCCGCGUCCUCGCCGCUCCCGAAAUUGGACCCUAAACUCGCGGCUUUCUUCCCAACUGGCAAGCCGCGCGAGUAUGAUCUUCUCGAAACUGUUAUCUGCAAACACUGCAAGCGUCCGACCCUGAAAGCUACCGCCGUCGAGCACAUCCGCGGCUGUCUGAAAGCCAAGCAAGAGAAGGCGCGCAAGAAAAAAGAGGCGCGUGAUGCGGCGAAUCGGGCUAAGGCUGGUGAUGCGGGUGACGACGAUAAGGAUGGAGGCGAUGAUGCGAUGAAGGGCCAGAAGAGCGCGAAGAAGAGUGCUGUUAAGGGCACGGAUGAUACGAAGAAGGGCAAGAAGCGCAAGGCUGAUGAGGAUGAUACUAAGCCGACCAAGAAGAAAAAGAAGGAUGAACCCAAGGCAAAGACAGCCAAGCCUAAGGGUCCUGUUGAUGUUGAGAAGCAGUGUGGUGUGACAUUGCCAAAUGGUGCGCAGUGUGCCCGGUCCCUGACGUGCAAAUCCCAUAGUAUGGGUGCAAAACGUUCGGUACCGGGCCGGUCAUUGCCAUACGAUAUGCUGCUUCAGCAAUAUCAGAAGAAGAAUCAGGCACGCCAGCAGAAGGCUGCUAUCGACGCCAACGCCCCUCUGCAAGAGGAUCUUGAAACGAACGGCCCCGUUGACUCGGAUGAAGAAAGAGAUUCUGUCAUGGCGGCCAUUGCUCGAUCCACGCCAAAACCACUGGCCGAACACACACUAAUCACCUCGAAGUCGAAGUACAAGUAUGUCCGGAUCAAGGAGCAAAUGCUGCACGCCAUCGGCGGACGAGGCGGCGGUUCCCUCUUCUCUACCGACGACAGCCAACCUUCCUCUCUUUUCGGCGGUAACCUCUUCCAACCAUUCGAUCCUACUGUGGAUGGUUCUUCGUCUCCGAUUGUUCCAGCCAUGGACCCCAACGAUCAAACACAAGCUGCUCGUAAGACGCCCGUGGCGGCCACUUGA